UAUAGUUUAAGCUUUGAAGAAGGCGGCGUUUACCAUAUAAGGAGCUAGAAGGAGUCAUGAGGGGGUCGGAAGCUAACGGUAGAACAUGCUACAAAUAAACCACAUAACGUUAACUGAUCGGCUGCAAAGCCUGAUUUAAGCAGACAAUAUCAGCCUACUAUGAUUAUUGUUUAGUUUCCACAAAUGUUUGACCAUCCUCAUUCGCAUGUUCCCAGUGCCGUGUGACUGCUGUAUAUGUGAAAUGGGUAGAUUGGACCUUGGUGAUGUAGUCUUGCGGCGGAUGGAGGAGAAGGACAUUGAAUCUGUGAAGAAUCUUGUCAAGGAGGGAUGUGAGGGAACCGAGAACCGUCUGAUUCUUCACCUUCUCACCCGUCCACUUGCUCUCCUCAUGCUGGCCACUCUCUCCUCCAUCCUCCGCUUCGUGCUGCACUCUUUCGUCUUGGCGUUCAUUAUUCCUGUUUUCGUUCUCAUCAUUUACCUUAAGAUCACCAUCCCACGAUCUGUGGGCAUCCUGGGCUCCAGCAAGCCAUAUUGGGACUAUGUGGGUAGCAGUUACCAAGCAGACACAGAACCAGUACUGCCCAAUCCUCAUUCAGAAAGAGCCAAACAAACCCCCAACCAAGAGAAAACCAGACGGCGCAAAAAAGGCAAAGAGAAAGAGAAGAUCACUGAGAGAGAGCAGGUGGAUGAGGAUGAUCUGAAGGAGAGAGCGAGGGUUGCUGGAGAGAUCUGGGCGGCAGAGUCUGAUGGAGAGAUUAUGGGCUGUGUGGCAAGAGACGGUUGGAGUCGGGAUGGGGUAUGUCGGAUCUGCAGGUUGGUGGUCCAAUGCUGGUACCGUAGAGAGGGACUGGGCAGAUUGCUGGUUCAGGGGCUGGAAUCUAAAGUAAAGCAAAGUGGGAUAUAUCGGGUCUAUGCCCACGUUCCCUUUCCCUCCAAAGUGGGCGAGACGUUCUUUAGGAGGCUGGGUUAUCGUCUGCAGGGUGAGACUUCGGGGAUUGAGGGAGAGGAGGAAGAUGAUUAUGAAGAGCCAGAGAAGGGUUGGAUGGGCUUUCCUUUAACCAAAGUGUUUGUUAAGGAUCUGUAAGGAUCUGUCAUUAAAACAAAAUUAAUAUCUUGAUUUAAGAUACAGAAGAUUCAUCCUAUUCGUAAUUGCACCAGUUGGUAUUUUGUAUGUUCAUCCCUUUUCCUGUGAAUUUUUGACCAUGGUUGAAAAAGUCAGUUAACAUUCUGACUUUCAAAAAACCAUAAUGUAUAUAUUUUUUUUAAUGUAUUGUUCUGCAAGAAUAUUUGAAGACGUUGAAUGUUGCAGAUUUCAUCUCUGGUUUAAAUAAGACGUUAGCUGAGCCGUGACCGAAGGUGGUUAUACUAAUUGCUUUUAAAGAAACUUUGUAUGUUCAGGAUGAAGAGAGUGAAUGCUUUUCUAUCGUUCCUGUGUGUUUACCUUAUUAAUUUAUCUAAUUUAUUGUGUGGUAUUUAGAAAUGAGUGAUAUAUUUUGUAUGUUUCCCUUGACUAUCGAGGAAUAAGCUUUUUAAAAUAAAAAUAAAAGUAUUGCACUACA